GAUUCUCAGGGCUUAAGCACUUUACUGGGACAUAGACACUGGCACGUUGUGCAGGUACAUAGCACUUACCUUGAAAGUAACUGGCCAAUCAGGUAUUCUGCCAUAGACAAGAAUGGGCAAAAUGUUGCUGUUGUUGGAAAAUUUGGAUUUGCACAUUAUUCAUUGGUCACCAAAAAAUGGAAGCUGUUCGGCAAUAUUACACAGGAACAGAACAUGACAGUGACAGGAGGUCUGGCUUGGUGGAAUGAUUUCAUAGUUCUAGCAUGUUACAAUAUAAAUGAUCAUCAAGAAGAGCUCCGGGCUUACCUUCGCACAUCUAACUUGGACAAUGCUUUUGCACACGUGACUAAGGUGCAGCUGGAGACUCUUCUCCUCAGUGUGUUCAGAGAUAUGAUGAUCCUGUUUCGAGCAGACUGCUCUAUCUGCCUCUACAGUAUUGAAAGAAGAUCUGAUGGGCCAAAUCCUUCAGUGUGUUUACAAGUCUUGCAGGAGGUGUCCAUGUCUCGGUACAUACCUCACCCGUCUCUUGUAGUGUCAGUUACCUUAACUUCGGUGAGGACAGAAACUGGUAUUUCAUUAAAAAUGCCUCAACAGGCUUGUGACGCAGAAAGCAUAAUGCUGAACCUAGCUGGUCAGCUAAUAAUGUUGCAAAGAGAUCGCUCAGGUCCUCAGAUUCGGGAAAAAGAUGCUGCAUCCCAACAGAGAAAGCUGCUGCCAUUUUGUGCUCCGGUGGUCCUAGCUCAGUCUGUGGAAAAUGUAUGGAGUACCUGUAGAGUGAACAAGCAAAAGCGCCAUCUUCUUGAAGCACUCUGGCUCAGCUGUGGUGGCUCAGGCAUGAAAGUUUGGCUUCCUUUGUUUCCUAGAGACAAUCGCAAACCACAUUCCUUCCUGUCCAAACGAAUAAUGCUGCCUUUCCACAUCAACAUCUACCCUCUAGCUGUUUUGUUUGAGGAUGCCCUGGUACUUGGGGCCAUCAAUGAGACUGUUGCUUAUGACUGUUUGAACAACCUUGGCUCUCCUGCUGAGCAUUUGGAGGUUCAGUUCCCUUAUUGUAUUGUAGAGAGGACCUCUCAAAUCUACCUCCACCAUAUCCUACGACAGCUCUUAGUCAGGAACUUAGGGGAGCAGGCUUUACUCCUAGCCCAUUCAUGUGCCUCUUUACCUUACUUCCCUCAUGUGCUAGAACUCAUGCUCCACGAAGUGUUGGAAGAAGAAGCUACCUCACGGGAGCCUAUUCCCGACCCACUUCUUCCAACCGUGGCCAAGUUCAUCACCGAAUUUCCCCUCUUUCUGCAGACUGUUGUUCACUGUGCACGCAAGACAGAGUAUGCCCUUUGGAAUUAUCUUUUUGCUGCUGUUGGUAACCCUAAGGACUUGUUUGAGGAGUGCCUAAUGGCCCAGGACCUUGACACAGCUGCCUCGUAUCUUAUUAUCCUCCAGAAUAUGGAGGCAGCAGCAGUGAGCAGGCAACACGCUACUCUUCUGUUCAACACUGCGCUGGAGCAAGGGAAGUGGGAUCUCUGUAGGCAUAUGAUCCGGUUUCUGAAAGCUAUAGGCUCAGGGGAAUGUGAAACACCUCCUGCUACUCCCACGUCACAGGAGCCCAGUUCUACUGGUGGGUUUGAAUUCUUUAGAAAUCGCAGCAUAAGUUUGUCACAGUGUGCUGAGAAUCUUCCUGUGGGAAAAAUUAACCUCCAGAAAGCUCUGAGCAUGCCAUCUGGCCCGGCAGGCAAACGGUUAAGUAAAGACAGUGACUGUGCAGAGAACAUGUACAUAGAUAUGAUGCUGUGGCGGCAUGCCCGGAGACUGCUGGAGGAGAUCAGACUCAAAGACCUUGGCUGCUUUUCUGCUCAGCUGGGCUUUGAGUUAAUAGGCUGGCUAUGCAAAGAGCGAACACGUGCUGCACGGGUGGAAGACUUUGUCACUGCCUUGAAGAAACUUCACAAGGAUUUCCUGUGGCCAUUCCCAGUUAUCCCAGCCUCAUCUAUCAGCUCUCCACUUAAAAAUGGCAAGUUCCGGGCAGUGAUUGGAGAUCAGUUCCUUAAGUCCCAAUCUGCAGAAAACUUCUUAAACAUGGACAUGGACAGCGGUGGACCUAGUGCUCCUCGAAGUCACAGUUGGAUGGGUAGUAUUGGGACCACCCAGAGAGAGAUGGACACGGCCUCUUCCCACAGCCCUCACACCCAGGACGCUUUCCUUUCUCCAUUAUUAAAUAAAGGAGAUGAAUGUAGUAUUGGAUCUGCAACUGACCUGACUGAGACCAGCUCUAUGGUGGACGGGGACUGGACCAUGGUUGAUGAGAACUUCUCCACCCUAAGUCUGACCCAGUCAGAGCUUGAACACAUUUCAAUGGAACUGGCCAAUAAGGGACCUCACAAAUCACAAGUUCAAUUACGAUAUUUGCUUCACGUGUUUAUGGAAGCGGGAUGCCUGGAGUGGUGUGUGGUCAUUGGCCUUAUACUGCGAGAGUCAUCCAUUAUUAACCAGGUUUUAAAUCUUAUGCAAUGCCCUGAAGUUGCAGAAGAAAUGUUACAGGGUAUACUAACCGGGCUUCAAGCAGUGGAUACUUGGGCCACAACUGACUGCCCUGGAUAUAAGCCAUUUUUAAAUAUCAUAAAACCUCAGCUCCAGAAACUGAGCGAAGUAGCAGUGGAACAAGUGCAGCCUGAAGUGUUUCAGCCCACAGUCAUCUCAAAGGUCACAGAACAAUCUAGCCCCAGGGCAGAGGAGAGCCGCAGCUCAACCAGCCACAGUGCCAGCCCUCAGAGUGACCUGGGCAGCUGUAAUGUCAGCAGACACGAGGAGAAUGUGUCUAGACAGGAGCAAGAGGAGGCCUUUCAGGAAGGGAGCUACGAUUGCAUUAUUUCUUAA